AUGGGACUCGAGCCAAGUGUGGCUUACAGCAUUGGAUUCGCUGUGAGGGUGACAGAAGCUAUUAACUUCUACGCUGUGGCCUCGUUCCAACAACCUGUGUAUAGAGAUUACACAGGAACCAGUCAGUCACUCCUGACACUGCACAUCCACAUCCACCAGGCUUCUGACUGUCAGAACCCCAAAAUUGUGCAGCAAGGAGCAUGGACUCAAGCAGCUCCGUGUAAAGAGGAAAAAUUCUUCCGAGGAGUCAGUGAUUCCAUAGGCAACAACUACAGUCCUGCUGCCCGCCAUUACUCAGCCUAUUCCAUCUACAAGCUCUUCAACUCCACUGAAGAAGUUGAGCAGCAGUGGGUAGAAGAUCAGGAACUCUCGUUCUCCCUCAAACCUCCAUCUCCACACAAACUCCUCCAGAGCAGAGACUACAGACACACCUUGUCCAGGAAGAAAUCAAGUUGCCAUGGAGCACUUUAUGCCGCUUGGAGUCAGGAGAACAACAAUGGAUGUCUCAGUAAUGUAGCCACUCAGGGAACCGAACACCAGCUCGAAUAUUUGGUCUCUCCUCCUCGAAUGGUUCCCUUUGAUCCUGAGCUGAAAAGCUCGGACCGUUUGCCUCCCAUCCAGAGGCUUCAUUUCAAGGAGAAGAAAGAUGGUCGUUCAACUAUCGAGGCUGCAGUCACACAGCUAAAGGAUAAGAGAGAUUUCUGUCAGAGACGAUCGGCAAAGUCUUUCCAGAUGAGAGAUGUGGAGAGUGAGUGUGAGCUUGUCAGUGAGCCUCACGCCGACACAGUCAGGAAGGAGCUCACUCACACUAACAGCUCAGAGGCUGGGCUUCGGGACAGACAUAGUUGUUCAUCCCGUGUAGAAGCUUAUCAAACCGAAGUUGGUGACACCGAAGCUGAUGAGGACACUGAUUGGGCAACUAUUUAUCUCGAUUCAGAUGAAGAAGAUUAUACAGAACAUGAUGAGGCCACAAAGGCAGCUCUCAGUGUGGUGUUCCGCCCAAUGAGUGACUCCACUCACGGGCUUUCCAGAUCAGCGACCCCCAAACAGGACCAGCUAGUGAGAUACUAUGGACUUAUUGAACAAUCUAUUGACCCAUUGAUGGUGACCCCACUAAGUAAGGAAUGUCUGGAGAGAAUCUACACUUGUGUCCCCAUGGACAGUUACACAGACCUGAAGGCUUUGGGUCAGGAUUUAAGACAGGAGAUACAAGAUGUGUAUGUUGGAGCCAUAAAGAAAGCCAUACUUAACUACAUCCUUUUGGAUCCAAAAGAACAGGAAAGACUCGCAGUUGAAUUGCCUCUUAAGCCGUCACACCCAGCAGGCAGAGAAAGGUUUCCUUGGCAUGAAAGUGUGAACUGUGCCCGAGAGAGGCUGAAGGAUGUUCUGUACAUCACCCAUCCCAUCAUGACCACUAUUCUUCUCCACUUUCAGACCAAGUACAGAGACUUCCGAUUGCUAGAACCAGAUGAACUGGCUCCAGUUUUCCCCCUGACUGUGGAUCAAUUAGUUGCUCAUGUGUCCAGAGAUGUGAGACACAGAGUGAGCAGUCUCCAGGAGCAGUGGUUGGCGGACUGUUGCUGUAUUAUUGGUGACAACAGGGAGAAGGUAGAAUCCUGGAUGCCUCAAGAUAAAGAGGAGCUGAGAAUGAAAAAGAUGGAUGGCUUCUUUGCCAGUGUUGCCACUCUCAUGUCAAAUCUUCUCCGUAGUCUGGUGGAAGAGUCACUGUUAACAUUAGUGCGGCUGUUUGAGGAAUAUCGCAAGGGAAAUAAAUAUGAGGGAAAAUAUCCUGAUGCCACCUUGGGCCUUCCUGUAAAGCCUCACAUUCUAACCGUAUUCAUGAAACCUGACGUGGAAACCUCUAGUGUCAGGUUUAUCCCGGCUAUUGAUGAAUUGGUGGAGAAACUAAACCAUAUUGUGGAUAUUUUAGUUGUCAGUGUUCAAUGGAUCCCCAGAAUUGAACAUCAGCUCUUUCAGCCUGUAGAUAACCUGGAAGUCAAAUAUAUCAGCUCGGUUCAGCUUGAAGAGGAAAUUGUCUUGUUUGCUAAAGCGAGAAUACAAACUGUGGUUGAGAGCAAUAGCCAUGGUCUGUAUAGAUACUGCUCGGUUUAUGAACCGUACAGAUAUCUGCUGACCCCAGAUACUGGCAAUAAAAUUGAGGUCUUUAUCAACAAAGAGUUGAACCUCAGCACUUACAGCAAAGAGAUUGAGAGACUGAGGGGCAUGGCUACAGAACUGGCCUCGUUCCCUGUCCAUGUCCCAUUGGAGCUCCUACUGCUUGAUUGUUCCCAGGUAAACCAGUGGCUGAUGGAUCAAGCUCGACACUUAGCGAAUGUCGUAAUCAGCAAAGUUGUGAGCGUGUCCGCGAAGUUUAAUCAGAGGAUUUGCCAGCGUUAUGAGGGCAUUGUGACAAAGAUCACCAGCAUCGCAGGCUCCACACAGAAACUGGUGGAAAUGCAAAGCUACGUGGACAAACUGAGGAGCCGUGAGUUACUGGAGCUGAAGGAGAAGCUGGAGGCAGCGGCUGAGAACCUAGUUUUCCUCAUGCACCAUUCUCUGCUCUCCAAGGAAGACAUCCUUCUGAAUGGCAAAACCUUUUCCUGGCCGGAGAGAAUUGGCCCUAUACUUAGAAACAGUGAGAUGCGGUUGCAGAGAGAGCAUGAUUUGGCAGCGUCCAAACUGGUUCAAUGGCAUAACGACUUUACCAGGCGCAUCGCUGAGACUGCAGCCAUUGUGAAGGAGUUUCAGAGGAAGGAUCGCAUGUCUGAAGCACAGCUAUGUCUGGACAAACUGGAAGAGAUUAACAAAAUAAUCGAGAACUUCCUUGAGGAGAAAGCCCUGAUCAACCGUGAAGAGGUGCUGUUGGAGACAGGAUACAUCAGCCCUUACCCCCAAAUCCAGAACAUUAUCAACAGUAAGGAGCCCUUCGACAGACUGUGGAAAACUGCUGUGCAGUUCAACACACACUAUGACAAGUGGCUAAACGGCUCUCUGUUGCAAGUCAACGCAGAAGAGGUUGAACGAGAGGUGCAGAAUAUAUGGAAGACGAGUUACAAACUUACGAAGGUUUUCAAUCACCCGGACUUGCUCGGGCCCCUGAGAGUGGCCGCCACAAUCAAAACUAAACUGGAGAAGUUCAAAAUCAACUUGCCGCUCAUCAAUGCCCUGUGCACCCCCGGGGUUAAACCCCGGCACUGGAGCCAGAUGAGCCAAAAGGUGGGAUUCAACAUCACUCCCCAGGAAAGCACGUCACUCAUGGAAGUCCUGCAGUUGGGCCUUGAGAAGCACUUGGAGGAAUUAAGCCAAAUUAGCUCCCAAGCCAGCAAACAGUACGCACUGGAAAAGGCCCUGGGCAAGAUGGAGAGAGACUGGCAACGUGUGAACUUUACAUUCGUCCUUUACAAGGACACUGGCAUCAGUGUGCUCACAGCGCUUGAUGAUAUUCAGGUUUUACUUGAAGAUCACAUUGUGAAAACUAACACCAUGAAAGGUUCUCCGUUUAUUGAACCCUUCGAGAAAGAAAUCUCAGCCUGGGAGGCCAAGCUGUGGCUGACACACAACAUCCUGGAAUCCUGGCUGAGGGUACAGAUGGCCUGGCUGUACCUGGAGCCGAUAUUCGGGUCUGAGGACAUUCGCAACCAGAUCCCAGUGGAGGGGAAGAUGUUCGAGGUGGUUGACAGGAACUGGAGGCUGAUAAUGAAGGAAUCAGUGAAGGAGCCCAAUGCUAUGAGGGUUAUCUCACAGCCACACAUGCUGGACAAGCUGAGAGAAGCAGAAGCACUUUUGGAUGACAUUCAGAAAGGCCUCAACGAAUACUUGGAAAAGAAGAGAUUGUUCUUUCCUCGGUUUUUCUUCCUCUCCAACGACGAACUUUUGGAGAUCCUGUCAGAGACAAAGGACCCACUUCGAGUUCAGCCACAUCUCAAGAAAUGUUUUGAAGGGAUCGCUCAACUGACCUUUAACACCGACAAAGAGAUAACUCACAUCCAGUCAGCGGAGAAUGAGAAAGUGGAGCUCGUUCAACGAAUCAUCCCAGCCAGUGCCAGGGGUCUGGUGGAAAAAUGGCUUCAUGAGGUAGAAACAGAGAUGAAAAGAUCUUUAGAGGAAGUGAUGUUACAAGCAAUUAUUGCUUAUCCUGAGACAGCGCGAGAGCAGUGGGUGCUGAGUUGGCCUGGGCAGAUCGUCUUGGCUUCUAGCAUUGUGUAUUGGACAGCCGCAGUGUCCCAGGCUUUCACCCAGAAGGACGGGCUGCCAGACUUCCUGCAGAACAGCAAUAAACAAAUUGAGGACACUGUGACUCUAGUGAGAGGAAAGCUGACUAAAAUGGCCAGGAUCACUCUGGGAGCUCUUAUCACCAUUGAUGUUCAUGCCCGUGAUGUUGUGGCCAAGUUGAAUGACCUUGGAAUCAGUACCACGACUGACUUUAACUGGAUUGCCCAACUACGCUAUUAUUGGGAAGAGAGGAAAGUGAUUGUGAGAAUGAUUACAACCACAGUACCUUAUGGCUAUGAGUACCUGGGUAACACAGGGAGACUCGUCAUUACUCCUCUGACUGAUAGGUGCUACAGGACGCUGAUGGGAGCUUUACAGCUGAAUCUCGGGGGAGCCCCUGAAGGACCAGCAGGAACCGGCAAAACAGAAACCUGCAAAGAUCUGGCCAAAGCGGUGGCCAAGCAGUGUGUUGUGUUUAACUGCUCUGAUGGGCUGGACUACAAGGCGAUGGGGAAAUUUUUCAAAGGCCUGGCGCAGUCAGGAGCUUGGGCUUGCUUUGAUGAAUUUAAUCGCAUCGAGCUUGAGGUCCUUUCUGUAGUCGCCCAACAGAUCCAAACCAUUCAGCGGGCAGUGUCAGAGCAGGUGAAGGUGUUUGUGUUUGAAGGGACACAGAUAUCUCUGGAUCCCUCAUGCACUGUGUUUAUUACCAUGAACCCAGGCUAUGCUGGGAGAGCUGAACUACCUGAUAACCUCAAGGUGCUGUUCCGUACAGUGGCCAUGAUGGUGCCGGAUUACGCUCUGAUUGCUGAGAUCUCCCUGUACUCUAUGGGCUUUGUCAGUGCUCGCAUCCUCGCUGCCAAGAUAGUGGCCACAUACAGGCUGUGCUCAGAGCAGCUUUCCUCACAGCAUCACUAUGACUAUGGGAUGAGAGCAGUGAAGUCAGUACUAACAGCAGCUGGAAACCUGAAGCUAAAGUACCCUGAGGAGAGAGAGGAGGUUCUUACCUUGAGGUCCAUCAUUGAUGUCAAUCUGCCUAAGUUCCUGUCCCACGAUAUCCCCCUGUUCGACGGCAUCAUCUGUGACCUGUUCCCUGGGGUGGUGUUGCCAAGUCCUGACCAUGGGACCAUGGAGUUCUCCAUCAGACACACCAUUCACCAACUCCAUCUGCAGCCAACAGCUUGGUUCAUUGAAAAAAUCAUUCAGGUUUAUGAGAUGAUGUUGGUGAGACACGGCUUUAUGCUGGUGGGAAGUCCCCUGGGAGGGAAGACUUGUGCAUUGAAGGUGUUGGCCGGGGUGUUAGGGCACCUGGAGGUGAGGAACUUGAACAAUGAACACAGAGUGCAAUACAUCAUCAUCAACCCCAAGGCCAUCACCAUGGGGCAGCUCUACGGCAGGUUUGACCCAAUUUCACACGAAUGGAGUGAUGGAGUUUUGGCAAAUGUAUUCCGAGAUCAUGCCACCAGUCCCACCAAAGACAGAAAAUGGUGUAUCUUUGAUGGUCCUGUGGACGCUGUGUGGGUGGAAAAUAUGAACACAGUUCUUGAUGACAACAAAAAGCUGUGCCUGAUGAGUGGAGAGAUUAUUCAGAUGAGCUCCCAGCAGAAUAUCAUCUUUGAGGUGUUAGACCUUGAGCAAGCAUCUCCUGCCACAGUCAGCAGAUGUGGGAUGAUCUAUAUGGAACCAAUGAAUCUGGGCUGGGAGCCAUUAGUGCAGUCUUGGCUGGACACCAAACUGCCCGGCAAACUGAUGGCAGAACAAAAGCACCUGGUUCAGACCCUGUGUGACUGGCUGCUUCCUCCAUGUUUCGAUUUUGUUCACAAAAGGUGCAAAUGUGUGGUGCAGUCGUCACCAAUGCAUCUGACAGCCUCCAUGCUGAAGGUGUAUGAGAGUCUGCUGCAAGAUAUCAGCUUCUCUGAAGAUCAGGGUGAGCAGGAGGAGGACAUGUUUCACACUGUGCAGGUGACAGAUCACAAGAGAUUCUCUGCUAUAAAACACAAACAGAUGGAGGAGAUCACACACACACUGGUGGCUUAUGGCUUCUUCUCUAUUGUCUGGUCCAUUGGUGGGAUUCUCGACCCAUCGUCCAAACAGAGCUUCAGCGAUUUCUUCAAAAAUCUCUGUGAGCGGGAUUCCAGGUAUCCACGACCGAAAGAGUUAAAAUUCCCCCGAGGUUUACAGAUUCCUAAAAAGGGCAGCGUCUAUGACUAUGUGUACCUUAGGAAGGCCUUUUCAUCCUGGUACAUGUGGAAAGAAUUAGUUACUCCUGUCAACAUUGAGCAGAAUAUUAAGACUGAUGAACAAGGCUUACACUUGAGGCUCAGUGAUAUCAUUGUCAGCACCACACAGACAGCCGUGCAGACGUACUUCCUACAGAAGUUGCUGCUACGAGACAAGCCAUUACUGUUUAUAGGGCCAACAGGCACUGGGAAAACCGUCAUCACCAACAGCUUUCUCCGCCAGCUCCAUCCUGACAAACAUGCCAUCUGUCAGAUCAACUUCUCAGCCCAGACCUCAGCUAGUCAGACCCAGGACAUCAUCCUGACCAGGCUUGAGAAGCGGAGGAAGAGCGUGUAUGGAGCGCAGCCAACAAAAUGGGUCUGUGUGUUUGUUGAUGACCUAAACAUGCCCGCCAAGGAGAAAUACGGGGCUCAGCCCCCAGUUGAACUCUUGAGGCAGUGGAUGGACCACGGUUACUGGUUUGACAGGAAAGACCUGAGUAUUUUGAAGGUCCAGGACAUGUCGGUGGUCGCAGCGAUGGCUCCACCAGGUGGUGGCCGGCACACCAUCACCCCUCGCCUUCUCAGACAUUUCAACAUCAUCUCGAUCGACGCCUUCAGUGAGGACACCAUGAAGACCAUUUUCCAGCCUGUUGUGGACUGGCAUUUCAACAGGGGAUUCGAUGUUUCCCGCAAGAGAUAUUCCAGGAUUUUGGUCUGGGCAACAACAGAAGUGUAUAAUCAAGCCGUGGAUAUUUUCCUACCAACGCCAUCAAAAUCACAUUAUAUAUUUAAUCUAAGGGAUUUCUCCAGGGUGAUUCAGGGGCUGCUCCUGUUAAAGUCCGAUUGCGUCCCUCAAGGCAUCGAGGGAGAUCAUAAACUGAUGCGUCUCUGGAUCCAUGAGGUCUAUCGUGUCUUCUGUGACAGGCUGGUGGACAGUCAGGACAGGAAGCUGUUUUUCCAAAUUGUCAAGAAUGUGGUACAAACUCAGUUUAAAGAAAAAAUCAACAACCUGUUUGGUCACAUUGUGAUUGGCCGGGACCUGGAUGAUGAUGACAUGCGCAAUCUCUUCUUUGGAGAUUAUAUGUCACCAAAAAGCGGUGGAAAAACAAAGAAAAGAUACAAUGAGAUACUGGACAUGAGUGAGCUAAAACAUACCAUCGAGUGCUACCUGGAGGAAUUGAACACUGUCAGUAAGGCUCCAAUGGACCUGGUGAUGUUUUCCUUUGCUAUUGAGCACAUCUCCAGGAUCAGCAGGGUGCUCAAACAGCCCAGUGGACACGCUCUGUUGGUUGGUAUUGGAGGCAGUGGACGGCAAUCAGCAACACGACUGGCAGCGUUUAUGUCUGACAGUGAGAUCUUCCAGGUCAGUAUCCAGAAAACAUACACCUUGUCAGAGUGGAUGGACGACCUGAAGAAGGUGUUACGUGGAGCAGGACAGAAUGGCAUCUCUACCGUCUUCCUGUUUGCUGAUCAUCAGAUUAAGAACAAAGCCUUUUUGGAAGACAUUAAUAUGAUUCUCAACACUGGUGACAUCCCCAAUUUAUUUGACAAUGAAGAAAAGCGGGAAAUAAUUGAAAAGAUGCGACAACUUCCAGUUCCAGUUGAAAAAUCCAAACUGGAGGCUGUUCCCCAGCACAAUUACAGCACCUUCACUGAGAGGAUCAGACAGAACCUACAUGUUGUACUGGCCUUCAGCCCCAUUGGGGACGCCUUCCGCAACCGCCUCCGACAGUUUCCUUCCCUGAUCAACUGCUGCACCAUUGACUGGUUCCAGGCGUGGCCUGAAGAUGCCUUGGAGAAGGUCGCCAAUCACUUCCUGGAUGAUGUGGAAAUGUCACAGGAAAUCCAGAAUGAAGCCGUGUUUAUGUGUAAACACUUCCAUCAGAGCGUCGUGGCGCUGUCUGAAAGGUUCUAUGAAUCUCUCCAAAGAAUAACUUACAUCACCCCCACGUCCUACCUCGAAUUGAUAAAGAUAUUUAAAAACCUGCUGGAAAGGAAGAGGCUUGAGUUGCUGACCAACAAGAACAGAUACCUGGUUGGACUGGAAAAGAUAGACUUUGCAGCUUCGCAGAUCACCAUCAUGCAGCGGGAGCUAACAGAGUUGAAGCCUCUGUUAAUGGAGCGGAGCCGGGAGACGGAGGAGCUGGUGAAAAUCAUUGCUGAUGAGACACAAGAGGUGGAAGUGGUGAAGAGGCUUGUAGAAACAGAUGAGGCAACAGCCAACAAAGCUGCCCAAGAAGCAAGAGCUAUUAAGGUUGAAUGUGAGCAGAAGCUGAGUGUGGCGAUGCCUGCUCUGAAUGCUGCUAUUGCAGCCCUGGACACACUGAAGGCCAGUGAUAUCACACUCUUGAAGACAAUGCAGAACCCACCGUCAGGAAUCCGGCUCACACUCACCGCUAUCUGUAUCUUGAAGGGAAUUAAACCAGAGAAAAAAAUCGAUGGGAAUGGGAAAAGCACUGAUGAUUAUUGGCCCUCUGCCAAAAAAAUGCUGGGUGAUAUGAAGUUUCUGGAAUCGCUGAAGGAAUUCGAUAAAGACAACAUUCCUCCUAAAGUGAUAGCCCACAUUAGGAGGGAUUUUAUCAGCAGCCCUGAAUUCCAGGCAUCCGUCAUUAAGAAUGUCUCCUCAGCCUGUGAGGGGCUCUGCAGUUGGGUCCGAGCCACUGAAGUCUAUGAUAACGUCGCAAAGAUUGUUGCCCCAAAACGGCAGAAGUUGGCGGAGGCUGAGGAGGAGCUGAAAGUGCAGAUGGUGAAGCUGAGCAUAAAGAGGUUGGAGCUGAGUGAGGUGAGGACCAAGCUCGAGCUGCUCCAGAGACAACUCACCCAGAAACUCACUGAGAAGAACCUGCUGGAGGAAAGCAUUGAGAUGACACAGUUAAAGCUGGAGCGAGCUGAGAAGCUGAUCAAUGGGCUAGGAGGAGAGCGAGCUCGCUGGACACAGAUUACACUGCAGCUGGAGGACAUGUACCAGAACAUUGUUGGGGAUGUGUUACUGAGCGCAAGUGUUGUGGCUUAUCUCGGGCCCUUCACACCAGAGUUCCGACAGGAAAUACUGAAGGAAUGGUUCACUCUGUGCAAGCAAAAACAGAUCCCUGUUUCCAACAUCUUCUGCCUCUCCAACACCUUGGGAGAUCCUGUGAGAAUUCUGGAGUGGCAACUGCAUGGACUACCAAGGGACAUCUUUUCAGUAGACAAUGCUAUCAUCGUGACCUCAGCUCAGCGCUGGCCUCUAAUGAUUGACCCCCAGGGACAGGCUAACAAGUGGAUUAAAAACAUGGAGAAAGCUAACAAGUUACAUGUCUGCAAACUUAAUGAGCCAGACUACAUCCGUACUCUGGGGAACUGCAUCCAGUUUGGAAAUCCAAUUUUAAUUGAAAAUCUUUCUGAAGAUCUUGAUCACAUUCUGGAGCCUCUGCUGCUGAAACAGACUUUCAAACAGAGGGGAAUGGAUUACAUCCAGCUCGGAGAGACCAUCAUACAGUAUUCCAGGGAUUUCACCCUCUACAUGACCACUCGCCUUCGUAACCCUCACUACCUGCCCGAGGUUUCUGUCAAGGUAACUCUCCUGAACUUUAUGAUCACACCAAUUGGUUUGGAGGAUCAACUGCUCAGUAUAGUCGCAGCAAAAGAGAAACCAGAACUAGAAGAAAAGAAGAAAGGACUUUACCUGGAAAGGGCACAAAACAGAAAACUGUUGAAAGAAACAGAAGACCAGAUCCUGGAGGUCCUGUCAAUGUCACAGGGGAACAUUCUGGAAGAUGAACGUGCUAUACUCAUCCUCUCCUCCAGCAAGAAGCUCUCACGGGAGAUCCUGGAGAAACAAGAGAUCACAACCAGGACUGAGAAACAGAUCGACGAAACCCGAGACGGCUACAGACCAGUGGCCACCCACUCAAGUGUGCUGUUUUUUGUCAUUUCUAAUCUUGCUCAUAUUGAUCCGAUGUACCAAUACUCACUUGCCUGGUUCAUAAAUCUUUAUGUCAACUCCAUUGAUAAAAGCAGCCCCUCCACCCUCCUGCAUGAGAGGAUCAGCAAUCUCAACGCACACUUCACUUACAGUAUGUACCAGAAUGUUUGCCGCUCCCUGUUUGAGAGAGACAAGAUGCUCUUCUCUUUCCUGCUGUGUAUUGGGAUCGAGAGGAGCAGGAACCUGGUGACUGAUGACGAAUGGCGUUUCCUGCUGACUGGGGGGGUAGCGUUAGAGAUCCCAUUUGUCAAUCCUGCUCCCAGCUGGCUGAAGGACAAGUCCUGGGGGGAAAUAGUCCGUCUCUCCUCUCUGCCGGCAUUCUGCAAGUUACAGAAUCACUUCUGUUCUCACCUUUCUGAAUGGAAGAAAAUCUACGAUUCUUCUCAACCGGAGACAAUCUCACUCCCUGAUCCAUGGGAACAGAGUCUGAGUAACUUCCAACACCUUCUUGUUCUCCGCUGUAUCAGGCCAGACAAGGUUAUUCCCGCUGUUCAGCAGUUCAUCACAGAGAAAAUGGACGUUGCCUACAUCGAGCCUCCAACCUUUGACCUUCAGCACAGCUUCAAGCACUCCGGCCACUCCACACCACUAAUCUUUGUCCUGUCGGCCGGAGCCGACCCCAUGGCUUUGCUGAUGAGAUUUGCUGAGGAGAGGGGAAUGGGAGGGACAAAUCUGCAGACUAUCUCUCUAGGACAGGGACAAGGGCCGAUUGCUAAGAAAAUGAUUGAAAAAGCUGCGGAGGAUGGCACGUGGGUGGUUCUGCAGAACUGUCACCUGGCCACGAGUUGGCUUCCCGAGCUGGAGUGUAUCUGUGAGGAGAUGAUCACUGAUAGCGAUGGCACCAAGCCAGACUUCCGCCUGUGGCUCACCAGCUACCCCUCCAGUGACUUCCCCGUCUCCGUGCUGCAGAACGGCAUCAAGAUGACCAACGAGCCACCAAAGGGCCUGAGGGCCAACCUGCUGAGGUCCUACCUCAACGAUCCCAUCUCAGACCCCCACUUCUUUAAUGGCUGCAAUAAGGCAGUGGUGUGGGAGAAGCUGCUCUUUGCCUUGUGCUUUUUCCACGCUCUUGUCCAAGAACGCAGGAUGUUUGGCUCACUGGGCUGGAACGUUCCUUAUGAAUUUAAUGAGUCAGAUCUCAGGAUCAGUGCCAGACAGAUACAGAUUUUCCUGAAUGAAUAUGCUCAGGUUCCAUUUGAGGCGCUGCUAUACCUGACAGGAGAGUGUAACUAUGGGGGGAGAGUGACAGAUGAGCACGACCGCAGGCUGCUGAUCAGUUUGCUGGAGAGUUUCUACUGUCAGAAAGUCAUUGAAGACGAGACCUACAUGUUCUCUCCCAGCGCCAUUUAUUUUGCCCCCAGGAAAGGCACUUACGAAAGUUACGUGGAGUACAUCAAGAGCUUACCUCUCAAUGCAGACCCAGAGGUGUUUGGACUUCAUGAGAAUGCGAACAUCACCAAAGAACAGAAGGAAACCCAGAAGCUGUUUGAUGGGGUUCUGACCACUCUCCCCCGAGAGGUAAACGGGGGUGAUCUCUCCUCCUCGGAGAUUGUGCAGGAGCUGGCCACGGACAUUCUGUCCAAAAUACCCCCCGACUUCUACACCGAGGAGGUGAUGAAUAAAUACCCGACCAACUACAGUGAAUCCAUGAAUACGGUGCUGCUGCAGGAACUCGUUCACUUCAAUCGUCUAACGUCCACCAUCAGGACCAGCCUGAGAGACAUCACCAAGGCAAUCCGAGGGCUUAUCCUGCUGUCCAGUGAACUCGAGGAUAUGUUCAACAGCAUGAUUGUCGGCAAAGUUCCCACAAUGUGGUCAGCAAAAUCCUAUCCUUCUCUCAAACCUUUAGGCAGUUACAUUACUGACCUUCUCUCAAGACUUCAGUUCUUUAAGGACUGGAUUAGCAGAGGGAAGCCUGGUGUGUUCUGGAUCUCGCGGUUUUACUUCACUCAGAGUUUCCUGACUGGAGCGCUGCAGAACUAUGCAAGGAAAUACAGGAUUCCCAUCGACCAUCUCAGCUUCCAGUUCCACGUCAUUAACCAGGAUCACAGUGUGAUCGGCCCACCAGUAAAUGGAGUUUACAUUAAAGGCCUGUAUAUGGAGGGUGCGCGAUGGGACAGGACCAGGCAUGUGAUUGGGGAGUCACUGCCUAAAGUACUGUAUGAGACUCUGCCUAUUAUUUGGCUCAAGCCGGGGGAGAAGCCAGUGUUUAAAGAGGAAUGUACCUAUGGAUGCCCAGUGUACAAGACCAGUGCUCGGAGAGGCAUGCUGUCCACCACCGGCCACUCCACCAACUAUGUACUGACCAUCGACCUGCCCGGCGAAGAGAGAGAGAGAGAGAGGCGGUGA